AUGGAGUGAACUGAAAUGAACUAAAUUGACUAUCCUGCCAGCCAAAGUGAGCCACUGCAUCGAAAACGGUUUCUGCCUUGAGUCUUGUGUGAAUUGUGUGCUCGUGUGUGAUAUUUAUUUCGAACCUUAGUGCCGUUUUAAGUGUUUUUGUGUUUUGUGUGAUAAUGGCCACGGUGCUCCCGCCGUCGCCCGCGUGAACAAGUAAGACUCUAGUGCAGUGAACCUCCCGGGCCCGCCGCCUCAAGCGUCACCCGAUCACAAUGAAAAUGGUGUUGUCUCAACGGCAACGAGAGGAGCUGAACAAAGCGAUCGCCGAUUAUUUAGGCAGCAAUGGCUACACGGACGCGCUGGAAGCGUUUAAAAAGGAAGCCGAAAUGAGCGGUGAGAUGGAUCGCAAGUUCGGAGGCCUUCUCGAGAAAAAAUGGACUUCGGUCAUCAGGCUGCAAAAGAAGGUGAUGGAACUGGAGUCGAAAUUAGCGGAGGCACAAAAGGAAUUCAUAGAGGGAGCGCCGACACGAGCCAAACGCACUCCAGCUGAAUGGAUACCGCGCCCGCCUGAAAAGUUCUGUCUCACCGGACACCGGGCCACCAUUACUAAAGUAAUAUUUCAUCCAGUGUUCAGUUUGAUGGUGUCCUCGAGCGAGGAUGCAACCAUCAAAGUGUGGGAAUUUGAGAGCGGCGAGUACGAACGAACCCUGAAGGGUCACACCGAUUCCGUUCAGGACAUUGCAUUCGAUCAACACGGCAAACUCCUCGUAUCAUGCAGUGCAGACAUGUCAAUCAAGCUGUGGGAUUUCAACCAGACUUUCGAGUGCGUAAAGACGAUGCAUGGACACGAUCACAAUGUGUCGUCGGUGGCGUUCUCUCCUAGUGGUGACAUAGUCUACUCGGCCAGCCGCGACAAGACUAUUAAAGCAUGGGAAGUGGCCACUGGAUACUGUAUCAAGACGUACAAGGGUCACCGUGAGUGGGUGCGCAUGGUGCGCGUGUCUGCGGACGGCUCGCUUCUCGCCUCCUGCUCUAACGACCAGACGGUGCGCAUCUGGAACGCGGACACCAACGAGUGCAAGAUGGAGCUCCGCGAACACGAGCACGUGGUGGAGUGCGUGGCUUGGGCGCCUGAGGCCGCGGCCGCCGCCGUUAACGAGGCAGCCGGCGGAGACAACCGCCGCGCCAACCACGUCGGGCCCUUCCUCGCCAGCGGAUCCCGGGAUAAGUCCGUCAAGAUCUGGGACGUGAGCACCGGGCAGUGCCUGGCGACGCUGGCCGGGCACGACAACUGGGUGCGCGGGCUCGCCUGGCACCCUGGCGGCCGCUACCUGCUCACCGCCUCCGACGACAAGACGCUGCGUGUGUGGGACGUCGCACACACACGCUGCCUCAAGACGCUCUACGCGCAUCACCACUUUGCCACCAGCCUCGAUUUCCACAGGAGCUUGCCAUACGUGAUAUCGGGCAGCGUCGACCAGACCGUCAAAGUUUGGGAGUGUCGCUAAGAGCGUUGCCAUUUUAGUAACUUAAACUCACCGAUGAUAUCUUUAUCAUUAUUUUCACAUACCUAUAGCUGCAAUGAGGGCAAUAUGUGUUGCGAUUUUAAUGGUUUAAUCAUUUUGGAAAGAAGGAAUAGUUUUGAUAUUUUAUUAAUUAUAUUUCCUCCUUCCACUCAUUGUGGUCUUCUCUCGUACAUUUGACGAUGCUAUGUCCGUCUAAUGAUCGAAAUAAUGUGUUCCUUGACUCCGCUCGCGAGCUUCUUCUGUUACUUCGGUGUAGAUUUGCACAUUCCAUUAUAUUGUAAUGGUUCAUAGUUAAUUUCUGUAUAUUUUUAGCUAAUAUGUGACAUAAGCAUAACAUUGAGAACUCAAUGAUGGUAAAAUGGAUGCGACGUAGCAUCUGUCAUGUACCCGAUCGGAACGAUGGAAUGAGGUGAAAAGCUGUGUUAUAAUUUAACAGUUCAUUAAUUACUCUUGUUUUAUUUUAUAGUUAUUUUUUUUUUUAUUGAUAAGUGUGUUUAGAUAUAAAUUUUAUUUUGGUAAAGUAGUUAAUCGUUUCUUACAUGUCAACUCUAGAAAAACUUGUACCUUGAUUUGUUUAUUGAUAGUUUAGUUUAUUAAAUUUGAUAUUGAUGGUUAUUCAUGACAAUCAGCCGAGAAUUAGUAUUUUUUACAUAGAACACUCAUACUCAAAAUACUUCAUCUACCAUUGUACAUAAUUACAAUCAAUCGUUGUUCGUCUCUGCUCGAUUCGAUAUACAUUAUGUUUGUUUGCACCAGUGCCAACAUCAUGAAUGGAUAUCAAUAGGGAUAACGAAAUUAAAUACGAGUGAAUAAACUUUGCUUAAUAUUACGAUUGCUAAGGCCCAGAUGCGCGCUUUAUAAUAACGAAUGGAAGUUUCAUAGGGACUUAUUUUAAGUUUUGGCUAUUUCAAAACUUUAACUAUAAGUUAGAGCGUUUUAUUUUAAUGUUUUUAAUUAUUUAUUUAUAUUUUCAAUUUUUUAUUUGUAUGUCUAGUACGAAUUUCCGGUCAAGUAGAGAUGAUUAAAUUGCUAGAUGUUUUAAUAUUGUCAUGCAAAUGUCAUUAAAUAUUGUCAUUUGAUUUUAAUUAGUAAGUUGUUUCAUAUAUUGUCAUACAAGGAAUUACAUAAAAUGUGUGAUAUUUAAUUAAUAUUUUAAUUUUCCAUCUAUAAUAUGGUUGCUAGAUGCAAAGAUAAAUUUAAUUAAUGGAGCCUAUUAUGUCGUAUUAGUUAUUUAUUAUGCUAAAGAAAACAUUUGGUUGCCUGGUUAUUAUGACUAGUGUGUAGUCGUAGUUAUAGUUGAGUAUGGUCAUACUAUUAGAUGCUUUGCCGUUAGAAUAUGAAGUACAAUGUGUGACCAGCAAAUUUUUUGCACGAACGAGAAGUAGAAUAUUGCAAGUUCGCAGAAUUCGUUACAGAACCUCAUAAAAAUUAAAACAAUGAACGUGCCCAAAUUUUGCUGAUUUUACAUUACGUAAAACUUAAGUAAAGGCCUACUCUGAUACCGUGCUUAUCAUACUAGCGAAUCUCGAAAUAUAUACAGCUCUGUGUCGUUAGUUAUAUCACUAGCUAGUGUUGGUAGCGGCAAUGUACUCAGUUACAUGGCACGGUAUGGAGUUUCUUAUCAUAUUAUCAUAACAUCGCUUAAUCAAUGUAAAUUCGUAAAUACACAAUGACCAAGGAGAUUAUUAUAAACGUUAGUAAUUGGAGAGAGCGUAGUUUGGAAGUGAUGGUAUAAUACAUAAGUAGGUACUGAACAUAACAAAGGAGAAUAUUGUAUGAGGUGCCAGAGUGGUUAAUUACAAUAUUCGACAAUAUAUUUUCUAGUCAUUGUUAGCUAAUUUCUUUAAAAGUAAACAUAGCUUAAAACGCUUAUAUUAAAUUCUGUUACUCAUAUUGCUCUGCAGUUUCAAUAUAUUUACAUAGCAUAUAUAAUUUAUUGUAAUAACGAAAUUCUUUUUCCUAACUUUAUUUUUUAUUUCUGUUAACCAAACAAUAUGACACUAAAAAUCAUAGAAUACAUUCACAAAUCAAUCACAGCACGAGCUCUCUCCUUUUACAUACACUUUUACUUGGCGCAAUAUAAUCUCUUUGAUAUAAAGGUAGUCGCCCAAUUUGCUUGCGAUUUAUAUAGUAAUAUUUACAUAAAUAAGGUGUUUGUAUUACAAUUAUUGAGUAAUGUAGGUAAUAAUUACUGCACUCAUUCAAACAUGAUAUGCUUACCAUAAGAAUUAUAUAAUAAAUAUAUGUAUCUACAUUGUAUUUGCAUAUUAUGCAAAAUUCUCUUAGGCGAACAAAUUUGAUUUUGCAAUCUUAAUGUAAUAUUUAAUUUUCAUGUAAUAUUUGAAUUUUAUGGAGCCAAGUUCCAUCUUAAUCGAGGUCAAACCUUGAAGAUAUUCAAAUUGUAUUAAAUGUCUGUAUAAUGUUCGUCUCAGAAAUUUACAUAUUUACAUGCAAAAAAAAAUCAAAUACAAUUGUGUGAUUGAUUUGUCCCCAAUUGCCCCUUAAACAAGAGAAUUUUGCCCAUAACUGCUGUAUUGUCUAAAUUUAUAUAGAAAUUUAACUACCAAUAUUUCAUAGAAUUUGGUUUAAUAUUUUCUGUAAAUAAAUCAUUAAAUAUCUAAUUUAUUUUA